AUGAGUGAUCACGCGGAAGAAAACUGCAAGAAAAGCAAUUCUGCCCAGGAAACAUCUGCAGAAGGAAAUGUCUCUCCUGCUAAGGACUGCUCAAUAACACAAAAACAACUGUUGAAGAAAAAAAUACAUGAUUCUGCCUCCCACAAGAUAACUUUCAAACUCCAUGACACUGUACCGGAUCAUGGUUGUUUUCUCUCCUGUCAGGAUGCACAGUCACAACAACUCGAGAAACAAUUAAAAUACUUAGCCUUUCAAAAUCCAGGACCACAGGUAGCUGACUUCAAUCCUGAAACUAGAGAGCAGAAAAAGAAAGCGCGCAUGUCACAGACAAAACAAGAUUUUUUUUAUAAGCCCAAAAUUACAAAGAAGUAUGACAAACAUGGCAGGCUGCUUUGUAAUAACAUCGAUUUGUGUGAUUGCCUGGAAAAGAACUGCCUGGGUUGCUUCUAUCCUUGCCCCAAAUGCAAUUCAAACAAAUGUGGACCAGAAUGUCGCUGCAAUAGGAAAUGGGUUUAUGAUACAAUUGAGACUGAAGCUGGGAAUGUGAUCAGUGUGUUGCCAUUUUUUGUCCCUGACUGA